CGGGUGGCCGAGCCUCGCCCUCGCGUGGACCGAAAGUGCAGCAUAUAUGCGUUGCGUCGCGCCCCUUAAUAAUGGCCGCCCGUUUUUGUUGUUUACCUCGCGCCACCACCCAAGUGAGUGACCCAUCCCCUCCAUCGGACUCUCCACUCCCACCGUCUCACGACCACGAAUACCGCCGCCCCCGGCCCUUUCCUCGUCUCCUCCUCCUUUCAUCGCCACCAUCGCCGUCGGUGCGCCUUGCAGGAGGUGCGAGAGGUCGGUCGAAAAGCACAGCCAUGGCGGCGGUCAAGGUGGACAAGGCCACCAACGAGCUGCUGCUGGGCCCCGACUGGACCCUCAACAUCGAUAUCUGCGACGCCGUCAACUCCGAUCACGGGCAAGGAAAGGAGGUGAUUAAAGCUUUGAAAAAACGUAUUCAACACAAGAAUGCAAAUGUUCAGUUUCUUGCUUUGACGCUAUUAGAGACUCUAAUAAAGAACUGUGGGGAUCAUGUACAUUAUCAAGUUGUAGAGCGCAAUAUACUGGAGGAAAUGAUGAAGAUUGUGAAGAAAAAGGCUGAUAUGCAAGUGAGGGAUAAGAUCCUGAUGCUCUUAGACUCUUGGCAAGAUGCAUUUGGAGGGCCUGGUGGAAAGCACCCUCAUUAUUACUGGGCAUAUGCUGAAUUGAAGCGAUCUGGUGUUGAAUUUCCAAAGCGGUCACCUGAUGCUGCAUCGAUGUUUAUUUCUCCGGUCACACAGCCAGAAUCUUUGCCAACAUAUCUUCAAGCAGGGUAUGGAAUGCCAGUUGAUUCUUCCUCAAGGCUUGAUGAGGCAAUGUCAUCAAAUGGAGCUCCUCUGAGCAUCUCAGACUUGGAACGAAUGCUGGGGGCUGUGGAACUAUUAAAUGAGAUGUUGAGAGCUGUCAAUCCAAAUGAAAAAGAUGCUGCCAAUGAUGAAAUUAUUACAGAACUUGUGACCCAAUGCCGGUCAUACCAGAAAAAGAUCAUGAGUUCAGUAAGCUUAGUAAGGGACGAGGACCUCUUGGGCCAAGCUCUUGAUUUAAACGAUAGAUUACAAAUUCUGCUUGAGAAACACGAUUCAAUCGCAUCGUGUUCUCCUUCAUCUGCUGACGUGAUAGACGUGGUGUGUGAAGUGCCAUCGGGAACAGCUCCAAACCAAGGAACAAAUUUCCCUCCACAAGCUGCACUUCGUACAGCCAUAGUACCGACCAAUGUUUUGGACGACGAAGAUGAGGAAAACGAAGACGACGAGUUCUCUAUGCUAGCUCGAAGAUUCCAGCCCACAAACACCCAGAGCACCUCUUCACCAACCGUCCAUGAUGAAACAGCAAGCUCUACAGCCUCUGUUCCCUAUACAGCAUCGCCAUCAGUUGCGAACAACGCAUUGCCUCCGCACGAUCCUCCAGCCCCGCCAGUGAGGGUCUCUCCAGAAGAGCAGGUCAUGAGUGACCUUCUCGCACUCACCGUGUCAUCAAACCCGUCACCAUCCUCCUACACCCCGGUAACACCUGAACCAGGCCGCCUGAAUCAAAGCAGCGCACCAACAGGUGAGCUUCCGCGGGCUUAUCAUGGAGACCAAGGACACGUGUCUGCACCUUACGUCGCUCCGUGGGCUCAGCCGCAGUCCCAGACCGCAGGAAGUCAGCAACCGACACGCACUCAGGCACAGGUAUCUUACAGCUCGUAUGCUUACCCACCGCCGCCAUGGGCGUCACAGGACAGCACCGAAUCGAACCCUUUUGUAGCGGCAGCAUCGUCAUCUCAGCAAUACCAGUCCACUUCGAGAACCCCUACCAUGCCACCGAACUUGAGGCCUCUACUACAGCAGUCGCAUUCUUUUGGAGUACCACUUCCAACCGCGAGUCUGGACUCGCCAAUAAAUGGGAACCUGAAGCAACCGCUGUCUGCUGGGGCUCGCAGGCCAUCUUAUGUUUCUUCCAACAAGUUCUUCGACGACUUGUUUGAGAGGAACUCGGAUGGUAGCCUGAAAGUAGGCAGCACAAGGCACAGUGAUGUCUAUGGAAAAUAAAUGUCGUUCUCUUGUCCUGCCUGCGUUUGAUGUUAUCAGCUGCCUGCAUAUUAGAACGAUUUAGUUGAUGCUUCUGGCGAACUUGCUUGCCUUUCCAUAAAUAAUUUUGCCAAACCAAACUAUGUGGAAGCUUCAGCCUAUGAGCUGUCCACUGUCCAGACAUUUUGAAUGGCAAAAGGCGAUUCUUCCUAAAUUGUGUAAUGAAACGGGUUUGCUUCUAAA